AGGGAGGCAACUGUUUUGUAUCUUGGAAGCCCUGGGUUAGAGAGGGGGAGGAGGAGCGGAGAAUGAGCUAUUCUUGUACCAGCAGAGGCAACAGCCAGGACCCAUCAACCGCUAAGAAGCCUGCCGGUAAUAAUCCGGGCAGAGACACCGGAGGCAAGGACAGCAGCAGUAACGGCAGCCCGAAGCAAACGGCGGCGAUGAAAGUGAAGAAAGGCUGCAACUCGACCGACGUGGGAGUCCCGGUGACCACGGAGGAGGACCUGCUCGGCAGCGCGGUGAUCACACCGGAGGAUGUUCUGGGCUUGCAGAAGAUCACAGAGAAUUAUCUGUGCAGCCCAGACGAGAACAUCUACAACAUUGACUUCACCAGGUUCAAGAUCAGAGACAUGGAGACCUCCACAGUGCUGUUUGAAAUCACUAAACCUCCAUCAACAGACAAAGCAGGGGAGAGGAGGGACAUUGACCCAAAUGCCGGCCGAUUUGUCCGUUACCAGUUCACCCCCGCUUUUCUCAGACUGCGGCAAGUUGGAGCCACGGUUGAGUUCACGGUCGGAGACAUGCCGAUAGAAAACUUCAGGAUGAUCGAGAGACAUUAUUUCAGAGAGAAGUUGCUCAAGAGUUUUGACUUUGAGUUUGGCUUCUGCAUGCCCAGCAGCAAGAACACCUGUGAACACAUCUACGAAUUCCCACCUCUGUCUGAAGACAUCAUCAGAGAGAUGGUCCUGCACCCAUACGAGACACAGUCCGACAGCUUCUACUUUGUGGACAAUAAGCUGGUGAUGCACAACAAGGCAGACUACUCGUACAACGGCGGGACGUAGAGAGGACGCGCUGACACAAGAGACAGGUGGAUGUACGGACU